AUGGAUAGAUUGAGAUCACUGUCGAAGAAGAUGAAGAUCGAAGGAAAUCCAUUUGGUAACUCCUCUCACCAACGCAAUCAAAUAUUCCUCAACUUCGUCGCCUUCUUCCUUCUCGUCGGUCUCACUUACCGUUUCAUCAUCACCGAUUCCACCGGCUCUCUGAUUGCACAAGUAAGAACCUCGCCGGCAGAACCUUCCGGUCUCACUGCCUCAGUUGCUCAAGCUCCAGCCCCCGUUUAUUCCCCAGUCAACAUCACUGCUGCUUCACAAAAUGUUUCCACAAAGUGUGACAUCUUUACGAGGAACUGGGUACCAGACCCAUCGGGUCCUGUCUACACAAACAUCUCUUGUCGUCGUCAUAUCCAAGAACACCAGAACUGCUUGAAGAACGGACGCCCAGAUUCUAAUUACCUUCUCUGGAGAUGGAAGCCUCGCGACUGCGAUCUCCCCAGGUUAGAUCCAGACCACUUUUUCCACAGAAUGAGGAACAAAUGGUGGGCCUUCAUCGGCGAUUCAAUCUCUCGUAACCACGUCCAAUCCUUCCUCUGCAUUCUCUCUCAGGAGUUCCGUAAGACCCAAGAAGAAAAAGAAGAUGGUUCCAAGGCUAGCAUUGCGUUACUUGGCACUACUUCAAUGUCGCUUCUCCGACCAGAUGGACAUCCCGGACCGUACCGGUAUCCGAAUCCUUUCUCUGGGAUGAAGAUCAGGGAUCCGGUUCAUGUUCAGAAUGAUUGUCUUCACUGGUGCUUGCCCGGUCCGAUUGAUUCCUGGAAUGAUCUUAUGGUGGAGGUCAUGCUUAACCGGGAGAUUGAUAACAAGAGUUAGCUUCUAUUUCCUUGUGUUUCUUUGUAAUUAGUUAUUUUUGUUUUUCUAAAAGCCCAUUAAUUCGAUGUUGGGACCUAGUGUGGGUCCAACUACAAGCCUGUGUCGUUCAUUCUUUCCGCUUUUGCUUCUUUCUUUCUUGUGUGCAAUCAUUAAGGGAUGCCAAUUCUGAGCCAAAAACUAUUUGUAGGUCGUGUACACAACUUUUAACUUGUUAGGAUGUAUUCUUUUGUUAGAAUACAA